AGGGAUGCUUUCUUGGGGUUGCCUUGCUCCGUGGCAUUUCCCACCACAGGCAGUCUUUUUCCUAACAGCAUCUGGUUCAUGUUCUCUCUCCCUUUACAGGGCACCUGCUAUAUGGAUCCCGAGCAGCUCCUCCUUUGGGCACAAAAGCAGCAUCAGCACCUCCUCUGGCUCCCUCUGCUUCCAAAGAGGAGGCCAAAGAGGAGGAAGACAGCAGUGAACUUCCUGCCUCUCUGGAGGAUGAUGGUGAACUUCCCUCUGUGCCGGGAGAUGACAGUGAACUUCCCGCUGUUCUGGGAGACGAGGGCGAACAUCCCGCGGUUUGGGAGUCCAAUGGUGAGGCUCCCGCAGUGUGGGACAAGGACAGUGGACAUCUCCUGGAACGAGAUGAGGAUGGUGGAGGUUGCUCAGCAUGGGAUGAGAAUGGCCAAACUCCCAUGGUGUGGGAUGAGGAUGACAGAGAUCUCCCGGCAUGGGAUGAGGACGGUGGACAUCGCUCAGAGUGGGACGAGAAUGGCCAAGCUCCCAUGGUGUGGGACAAGGAUGACGGACAUCUCCCGGUGUGGGAUGAGGAGAGAGGACAUUCUGUGGCUUGGGAAGAGGAGGGUGAACAUCUCCCAGCAUGGGAAGUAGAUGGUGAACGUCCUGUGACUUGGAAAGAUGAUGGUGAACCUGCAGCAUUUUGGGAAGAGGACAGGGAACCUGCGGUGCUUUGGGAAGAGGAUGAAGAACCUCCCUCUGUUUGGGAUGAGGACACUGAACUUCCCUCUGCUGAGGGAUCCUGGGCUGAAAAUUCUGACGGCAGCACAGCCCUGCAGCCAGAGGGCAGAUGGGAGUGGUGCCUCAUGCAGCUGAGGAACACUGUGAGCGUGGGAGAGCCUAUGGAGAAAUACCUGGAAUUGGAGCAGAUUGGCCAAGGGGCUUUCGGGACCGUUUAUAGAGGACUCGACAGGGCCACUGCAGGAGAGGUGGCCAUAAAGAAAAUGAGUCUCAGAGAGCAGAACAGGGAACGAGCUGUGAAUGAGAUCCUGGUCCUGAAAGACAAGAAGAACUCCAACAUUGUCAACUCCUUGGACAGCUUCCUUGUUGAUGGAGAUCUCUGGUUGGUGAUGGAAUACAUGGAUGGAGGAACUUUGCAGGACGUUGUCAGACAGACACGCAUGGCUGAAGGAGAGAUGGCAGCUGUCAGUCGGGAGUGUCUGCAGGGCCUGGAUUUCCUCCAUUCGAACUGGGUGAUCCACAGAGAUCUGAAGAGCUCCAACAUCCUUCUGGGAAUGGAUGGCUCUGUCAAGCUGGCUGAUUUUGGCCUCUGCGCUCAGCUCAGCCAUGAACAGGACCUGUGCAGCUCCAUGGUGGGCACUGCUCACUGGAUGGCGCCAGAAGUUGUGACCAGCUCUCCUUACGGCCCUAAGGUGGACAUCUGGUCCUUUGGCAUUGUGACCAUCGAGAUGGUGGAAGGAGAACCUCCUUACUUCAAGCAAACGGCGGCCAUGGCUCGCUGUCUGAUCCGGCAGAACGGGACCCCGCAGCUGCAGGAGCCCAGGCGCCUGUCGGCUCUGCUGCGGGACUUCCUCGAGUGCAGCCUGGAGCUGGAUGAGGAGCGGCGCUGGUCUGCCCAGGAGCUGCUGCAGCACCCAUUUUUAUCAUCAGCCAAGUCUCUCUCCAGCCUGACCCCCCUGAUCACUGCAGCAAAGCAACUGAGGGAGCAGAAGAGCAGAUGAAGCACUUGAGGACAGCCUUUUGUUACAAUAGUUAGGACAGCUAGUUAGUUAUGGUAGUUAGCACUGCUAGUUAGUUACAGUAGUUAGGACAACCCUGUUUAUUAUGGUUGUUAGGAUACCCUGUUUGUUAUGGGAAUUUUUUGAAUAAAAACCUCUCAAACCUCAGCUCUCUUGAU